UUGUGCAAUGUAUUCCAUGAAGAAAUAGAUGGUGCAAAAAUCUCCGAAAUCUAUAUUCGCGUACAUCGCGUUGUUGAGAAUCGUGUUCUGUGACGUGAUUUCCAGUGCUAUAUUAUUAUUAAUUAACAAACAUUCGAGUGUACAGAAAGAAAAGUAUAAUACCCGAUUAUCAGUGAAAAAGUGUCUGAACAACGUGUUAGAAAAUAGGUGAAAUGCUGGAGGGUUAAAAUAUCGAAGAAUCUGAAACAAAAGCAGGUGAUUCGCGACAACAACAAAGAAUCGAAUUGCCGGGGGGGGUUUUUGGGCUUUAAUCGGUCUAACGAAAAUGAGUCCUCUAAAUCGGGGUCCACCACUCGGGCCGAGAAUGCCGCCGGUGGGAAUGCGACCGCCACUGCCGCGUUUUGGCGGGAGGCCUCCAAUACCCUUGCGAAUGGCACGCCCUCCGGGUCGCCCUCCACUUUUUGCUCCCAUGCGUCAGAGGAUGAUGCCACCGAGGCCUCGUCCUCCCAUGAUGGGACCCAACGGCCCACCACCCCUUUUUGGUCCUCGAGGCCGUGGAGUUCCUCCUCUAAUGCCACCCAUCAUGGGUCCCAGAGUUAUGGGUCCCCGAGGACCCAUCAUUCGACCCGGACCCAGAGGUAUUUUGCCGCCACAAGGUCUGCCGCAUAUGCGACCAAGAUUUCCAAUGGGCAACGGCAAUAUCAAAAUGAAAGCCAUCAACAUCGCUAAAAAAGUCAUCAAAUUGGAGGAGCUGGAAAUGAAAAAACCUUGGAUGACGGAUGAAAUCAGAAACGAGAUACAAAAAAAGAAUAAACUCUAUGCCAAAGGGAGAAAAAAUAAGGAUGCCAAAGAGUGGGAGGAGUUUAAGGAUUUGAGGAACAAAGUUACCCGAAUGAUCAGAGACGCGAAGAAUGAAUAUUUGGCCAAAAAUCCUGAGCAGGCGCAUUUGUACGAAGACGACAACGAAGAGCCUUAUGACCAGAGGGAUGAGACGUAUACGAGCUCGGAAGAUGACAUCGAUGAAGACGAUCCAUCGAGCCGAUAUUGCGAGGUUUGCGAUCGUGAGUUCGAGACGUCCGAUUUGCUUCGGAGACACGUGGAAACUCAUACAACGUGUGACAUCGACGGAUGCACAUUUUCGGCGCAUCCUAAGCUCGUCGAAAAGCACGUUCAGAUGCAGCAUCGCACUGGUCUUUAUCACAGAAUUAAACAUAUUUCUACACCCGAAGAUAUCGAAAAAUGGAUUAUGGAAAGAAAGAAGAAAUAUCCGACCAAAGCCGUCGUGGAAGCGAAGAAAGCUGAACGCUUGGAAAAGAUUGAAAGGGGUGAAAUUAUCGAGAGACAAAAAAAUGAUCGCGAAUUGAAAAAACCUGUGCGUGAGAGAAGACGAAAGACUCGAAAACGGAGGACCAAGGAGUCUGUCGUGGAAACCGAACCGGAAGUUCAAUUGUACAGGGGUUUACGUCCGUUUUCUGGAACAGCUAAAUUGCGUGAAAUCGUUGAUGAGAAUGAAGAUGAAGAGCCCGAAAUUGAACAAAUGGAGGACGACGAGUUUCUUCAUGUGACGUGCCAAAUUUCUGACGACGAAGAUGAAAAUGUUCCAGUUCAAUGCAGUGAGUCGCUUCCUCCAACACCAGAAAAACCUCAAAAGGAAAAUAUCCUCGUGGAAAAUAAAGUUUCUCCAGUGAUUGAAAACAAAUCUGGCCUCGCCAGUUUGAUGGCGAGUUAUGGCAGUGAUUCUGAAGAAGACGAGGCCCCCGAAGAAAUUCCGAUCAAGAGACUAAAAGUGGAAAUUCCACCUGCGAGUGAAGCUCCGAAAGUCCAAGAAUCUUUGGAGCAGGCCACGAUAAGCGAGCCAAAAAUAGCUGAGAAAAAGCUCGAAGUGAAAGUGAAAAAUCGAAAAAACUCUACGAGAAAAUCAGAAAAACCACUGAGAAAGGAACAACCCCGCAAUAUUAACAACAAUAAUGGACAUUACAGUCAGAAACGUUUGAUGUUGCUGCAACGACUUUUAUCUCGCUCCAUACAACACGAAAGAAAUCUUAUUUGUCAAUGUAUAAAAUACAUAGCGGAUAACAACUUUUUUGAGGAAUGACCAGUUCUGAUGGAAAGUACAAAAAAAAACUGUUUUCUGUAUAUAUUUAUUUAAAAAAACAGCAUAUGUUUUUUGUUGUUGUUAUGAUAUUCUUUAUAUUGUACAGUUUUUCAUUAAAAUUGAACAAUCGCACUGUCA